GCGCCGGCGGGAACGGGGCGCGCGGCGCGGCCGGGCCGGGCCGGGGCCCAUGGCGGGGCCGGUGCCGUUCGUGGAGGACUGGGACCUGGUGCAGACGCUGGGCGAAGGCGCCUACGGGGAGGUGCAGCUGGCGGUGAACCGCCGCACCGAGGAAGCCGUGGCUGUCAAAAUUGUGGACAUGAAGCGGGCGGCUGACUGCCCAGAGAACAUCAAGAAGGAGAUCUGCAUCAACAAGAUGCUCAACCACGAGAACGUUGUCAAGUUCUACGGGCACCGGCGGGAGGGCGUCACGCAGUAUCUCUUCCUCGAGUACUGCAGCGGCGGCGAGCUCUUCGACCGCAUCGAGCCAGAUAUCGGGAUGCCAGAGCCGGAGGCACAGCGCUUCUUCCAGCAGCUGAUCGCCGGCGUGGUCUACCUGCACAGCAUGGGCAUCACCCACCGGGACCUGAAGCCGGAGAAUCUGCUCCUGGACGAACGAGACAACCUGAAAAUCUCCGAUUUUGGCCUGGCCACCGUCUUCAAGCACAACGGCCGCGAGCGGCUGCUGAACAAGAUGUGCGGCACCCUGCCCUACGUGGCCCCCGAGCUGCUGCGGCGCCCCGAGUUCAGGGCCGAGCCUGUGGACGUGUGGGCGUGCGGCGUGGUGCUGACAGCGAUGCUGGCCGGAGAGCUGCCCUGGGACCAGCCCAGCGACAGCUGCCAGGAGUACAGCGACUGGAAGGAGAGGAAGACCUACCUCCCGCCCUGGAGGAAGAUCGACUCGGCGCCCUUAGCUUUGCUGCACAAGAUCCUGACGGAGAGCCCGACGGCGAGGAUCACCAUCCCCGACAUCAAGAAGGACCGGUGGUACUGCAAGCCCCUGAAGAAGGGUAAGGGCAUGGGGAAAACAUGCUUUCUGCCCCAAAUUGGGCCACGUUACUGGAUUUCUCCUCCUUUGGCAGGCGUCAAGCGGGCUCGCGUGUCCUCGGGCGGUGUCACCGACUCGCCUGGCGCCUUCUCCAAGCACGUCCGUUCCGACAUGGACUUCUCGCCGGUGAAGGGCGUACUCGGCGAGGACAAGGCGAGCUACUCCACGUCGCAGCCCGAGCCUGGCACUGGCGCGGCGCUCUGGGACAGCGGGACGGGCAGCAUCGACAAACUCGUGCAGGGCAUCAGCUUCUCGCAGCCCGCCUGCCCUGAGCACAUGCUGGUCAACAGCCAGCUCCUCGGCACCCCGGGUUCCUCGCAGAGCCCGUGGCAGCGGCUGGUGAAGAGGAUGACGCGCUUCUUCACCAAGCUGGACGCCGACGGCUCCUACCGCAGCCUGAAGGAGGUCUGCGAGAAGAUGGGCUACGGCUGGAAGAGGAGCUGCACAAACCAGGUCACCAUCUCCACCACGGACAGGAGGAACAACAAGCUCAUCUUCAAGGUGAACCUGGUGGAAAUGGAGAACAAGAUCCUGGUGGAUUUCCGCCUCUCCAAGGGCGACGGGCUGGAGUUCAAGCGGCAUUUCCUGAAAAUCAAGGGCAAGCUCAGCGACAUUGUCAGCACCCAGAAAGUGUGGCUGCCUGUGACCUGAGCCCCAUCUGCCUCCUCCUCCUCCUUCUCGCCCCAGGGGGCUCCUGCAGGGCCCCCCAGCACCCACAUGCCGGGGCCCCACGCUGCAAGCAUCUUGGGACGGUGCCUGCAGGGCACAGCACGGCUCUGUGCCGGCCGCAGCUUUUAAAGGUUCAAUAAAGCCUGGGGAUCAAACGGCA